AUUAAAGAAAUAUUUUGAUUGGUUGUUAUUCUCACAGUUUGAAAACUAGAUAAAUAGAGUCGAGUUUUCUUUUAAAAAAUAUUGCAAGCUUAAAAUAUGUCUGCCAAAAUUGCAUCAACAGAAAGCUACAAUAAGCAGGUUCAUGUUGAAGAUGAGAACAUUUGUACAAAGAAAAAUGUUUCGCAGACCAAGAAAUCUUCCGAUACGAAAAAUUUUAGCAUUCCGAAAUUGUCGUUCGGAAGUUUGAAUGUUUUAGCUAAACCAUUACAGACUUCAAAGUUUAGAUCAGUUUCGAAAAUAAUGAAGAAGGACAAGAAUUAUACAAUGUUAGAGAGUUCACCACAGAAAGUGGUAGAAACACAAAAGUCACUAGCAAGAAAAAAUGAUGAAGAAGUUGAAAAUGCUCUUCAGAUGGAAGAUGACACUUAUGAGGACGUUAUUCCCAAGAGUGAGAGAAUUACUUCCUAUUUGAAAGACAUAAUCAGCUGGAAACCGAGUGUCUAUCGUAGAAUGGACUCACAAACUGAACUAGAACAUAUGGAAAGUCCUAAUUUACCUUUUUUUGAUACCUCACCCCCAUCACCGAUCCCAACCGAAGAAGCGAAAGAGAAGAAUGAAAUAUCUUGGGAUUUUGAAUGGUCGUCUUAA